UGACGAAAGAACUCUUAAGGACAAAUAACUGAAGCAAGAGAAUGUUCUAAACGUCUAAAAGAUACAUAUCACAGCUGAAAUAGACCCAUAUCCCUUGAAAUCUAAAGUUCAACCUAGAUCCAGCUCUCUUCCUUCCACCAGGACAACUAACACCACUACAUCUUCCACCUGCAAGAUGGUUACUGAAAUCUCCGCCCCCCUCCAUUUCCGCACUCUCCUAAACUCGCAUACCUACCUAGUUGCCGACUUCUACGCAACAUGGUGUCCGCCCUGCAAGACGAUUGCGCCCAUUUACAGUCAGCUUUCCACGACGCACUCCACGCCCGGAAAGAUUGCAUUCGUCAAAGUCAACGUAGAUGAACAGAGAGAAAUCGCUGCGCAACAAGGAGUUACUGCUAUGCCGACGUUUAUGGUAUUCAAAAACGGGACAAAGGUGGAUGAGUUGGAGAUCAAAGGAGCGGAUGUGAGGGGGUUGAAGGGUGUUGUCGAGAAGAUUGUUGGGGAGGUGGGGAGGACAACAGCACCGACAAUGCCAGCGAGUGGGGCAAAAGCACCCGAGGAAAAGAAGACGAAUGGCGAAGAGAAAACGAUUAGUGGGAGUUAUGGGAUGACGGGUGGCAAUAGUUGGAAGAUGUCGCUGCACUAGGAAGUGGAGUUUAAAGAUUAUGUGACUUGGGCGUAUGCUCUUUGAGCUAUUCACAUGUUCACGUAUUGGAGCUUUGUCUUUACUUUGUUUUGCCCUCAAAGGUUCCAAGAAAUGUAGUAGACUCCUGGGCGCCUGGCUAUCCAUGCAUGCAUUUCAUCGUGAAGCGUUAUAACA